GGCGCGGGGACCCGCCGGGCGGCGCCGGGGGCCGGACGCGCGAGGAGCAGCGGGAGCUCGGCGGAGCCGCGCGCAGGCAUAAAUGGGACCAGGUGAGGUCAUGCUGUGGCUGCUGGAGGAAUAGCCCAUUUCCAGGUCAUUUGCAUGGGCCCUGCUGUGAAAGGAACCAAACAAGACCUUGUCAGACACUUACUUCCUUCUCUUUGGUGAGCACUCCAGGCACAGCAAUUGUCCCACUGUUGUUCUAAUGUGUCCUGUCCUCCUCUUGCCAAAGCAAACAGCCCAGUCUCAAGCAGGCAUCCUUUAGGCUCAUCUGCCAGCCUGAACAUGAACGCAGGCAAGGCUGAUGACAGCCAGGGCUCCCAAGGGACAUGGGGCCUUACAGGGCCCAGCCCCCAGAAGCAGGUCCUCUCAUGAUGCUGGUGUCUGGGAGUGAGCACCAUGCCCAUCACCCAGGACAAUGCCAUGCUGCACCUGCCCCUCCUCUACCAGUGGCUGCAGAACAGCCUGCGGGAGGGUGGGGAUGGCCCAGAGCAGCGUCUCUGCCAGGCAGCCAUCCAGAAGCUGCAGGAAUACAUACAGCUCAACUUUGCUGUGGAUGAGAGUGUGGUCCCACCUGACCACAGCCCCCCAGGAAUGGAAAUCUGUACUGUGUACCUCACUAAGGAGCUGGGAGACACAGAGACUGUGGGCCUCAGUUUUGGGAACAUCCCUGUUUUUGGGGACUACGGAGAAAAGCGCAGAGGGGGCAAGAAGAGGAAAACCCACCAGGGCCCUGUACUGGACGUUGGCUGCAUCUGGGUGACAGAGCUGAGGAAGAACAGCCCGGCAGGGAAGAGUGGGAAGGUCCGACUGCGUGAUGAAAUCCUCUCCCUGAAUGGGCAGCUGAUGGUUGGAGUUGAUGUCAGUGGGGCCAGCUACCUGGCCGAGCAGUGCUGGAAUGGCGGCUUCAUCUACUUGAUCAUGCUGCGUCGCUUCAAGCACAAAGUCCAGUCUCCUUAUAAUGGCAACGGGAGCAGCAGCACUGAACCAGUGGAGACACCUACCCUGGAGCUGGGUGACCAAACUGUGAAGAAAGGGAAAAGAGCAAGGAAGUUUGGGGUCAUCUCCAAGCCUCCUACCCACAAGGCCACUGAAGAACCCAAGAGCAGUGUUGGCUGUGAGCUGGAAAAUGACCCUGUCUCGGAGCUGGACAAUGGCCCAGACCCUGACCUUGGAAAUGGUCAUGCUCUUGAGCUCGAAAAUGGCCCAGAAUCUCUCAAGGAACUGGCUGGAUCCCAUCUAGACGGUUCAGAAGCAGACAGAGGGACAGAGCCUAGAAUUCCAAAGACAGAUGCUUCUCUACCCGCAAACAAUGACAAAUGUCGCUUCUCCAAGUCCGGGAAGACAGACUUCCAAUCAAGUGACUGCCUGGCACGGGAGGAAGUUGGCCGGAUAUGGAAGAUGGAGCUGCUUAAAGAAUCGGAUGGGCUGGGAAUUCAGGUUAGUGGAGGCCGAGGAUCAAAGCGCUCACCUCACGCUAUCGUUGUCACUCAAGUGAAGGAAGGAGGUGCCGCACACAGGGAUGGCAGACUGUCCUUAGGAGACGAGCUGCUGGUAAUCAAUGGUCACUUAUUGGUGGGGCUCUCCCAUGAGGAAGCUGUGGCCAUUCUUCGCUCAGCCACUGGAAUGGUUCAGCUGGUGGUAGCCAGCAAGGAAACCUCCGCCGAAGACCUCCUGAGGUUGACAUCUAAGAGUUUACCUGAUCUGACCAGUUCAGUAGAGGACGUGUCCUCUUGGACCGACAACGAAGACCAGGAGCCAGACGGGGAAGAAGACGGCUCAUCUUCCGUCCAGGGAGCAAUGCCUGGGACGGAUGAGCCCCAAGAUUCAUGCGGCCCCGACGAAUCCAAGGGAAACCUGGAAAGUCCCAAGCAGGGCAGCAGCAAAAUGAAGCUCAAGACUCGUCUUUCAGGGGGUGUACACCGUCUAGAGUCUGUUGAGGAAUAUAAUGAGCUGAUGCUGCGAAAUGGGGACCCGCGGGUCAGGAUGUUGGAAGUCUCCCGAGAUGGCCGAAAGCACUCUCUUCCCCAGCUACUGGACUCUACGGGAACAUCACAGGAAUACCACAUUGUGAAGAAGUCCACUCGCUCCCUAAGCACCACUCAGGUGGAAUCGCCUUGGAGACUCAUUCGGCCGUCGGUCAUCUCGAUCAUCGGGCUGUACAAAGAAAAAGGCAAGGGCCUUGGCUUUAGCAUUGCUGGAGGUCGAGACUGCAUUCGAGGACAGAUGGGGAUUUUUGUCAAGACCAUUUUCCCAAAUGGAUCAGCUGCAGAGGAUGGAAGACUCAAAGAAGGGGAUGAAAUCCUCGACGUAAAUGGAAUACCAAUAAAGGGCUUGACGUUCCAGGAAGCCAUUCAUACCUUUAAGCAAAUCCGGAGUGGAUUAUUUGUCUUAACGGUACGCACAAAGUUACUGAGCCCAAGCCUCACGCCCUGCUCAACGCCCACACACAUGAGCAGAUCCAGCUCCCCAAACUUCAACACCAGUGGGGGCAGCUCUGCAACAGGCUCAGACGAAGGCAGUUCUUCGUCCCUGGGUCGGAAGGCCCCUGGGCCCAAGGACAGAAUCGUCAUGGAAGUAACACUCAACAAAGAGCCGAGAGUUGGAUUAGGCAUUGGUGCCUGCUGCCUGGCUCUAGAGAACAGCCCUCCCGGUAUCUACAUUCACAGCCUGGCCCCGGGAUCAGUGGCCAAGAUGGAGAGCAAUCUGAGCCGCGGAGAUCAAAUCCUGGAAGUGAAUUCAGUCAACGUCCGCCAUGCUGCUUUAAGCAAGGUCCAUACCAUCCUGAGCAAAUGCCCUCCAGGACCCGUUCGCCUUGUCAUCGGCCGGCACCCUAAUCCAAAGAUUUCCGAGCAGGAAAUGGAUUUAGUGAUCGCACGCAGCACUUAUCAGGAGAGCAAAGAGGCCAGCUCCUCUCCUGGCUCAGGUACCCCCCUGAAGAGUCCCUCUCUGGCAAAAAAGGACGCCCUGAUUACUGAAGCUGAAGCCUCCCACUACUUCGCCCACGGUGUCCCCGGCUCCCUGUCGGACUUCGUGGUGGCCGGCUCCGAGGACGAGGAUCCGCCAGGCAGUGGCUGCGGCGCCUCCGAGGACAGUGGCCUGCCACCCAGCACCCCUGCUCCCAGGGAACCAGGAAAACCCAGGGCCAACAGCCUCGUGUCGCUAGGAAGCCAGCGGUCCUCUGGGCUCUUCCACAAGCAGGUGACGGUUGCCAGACAAACCAGUCUCCCUGGGAGCCCCCAGGCCCUCCGAAACCCUCUCCUCCGCCAGAGGAGGGUGGGCUGCUAUGACACCGACGACGCCAGUGAUGAGGAAGAGUUUGACGGUGAAGGGGACUGCAUUUCCCUCCCAGGGACCCUCUCUGGUCCCAGCAGGCCUCUGACGGAGGACAGCUCUAGGCACGUCCUGAUGACCUCUUCCAAGGCCACAGGUCUCAACAACCAGGGUGAACAUCCCCAGAAAACAAUGGUCAGCAAGGCCUCCUCGGUGCCUCUCUUUGGCAGCUCCCUGAGCUUAGAGGAGAGGGUUCCAGAGGGCGUGGGGGACACUCCUUCCCAUGCAGCCCACCUGCUGGCCUCUGCAGAAGCCGCCAAGGGUGGCUCUGGGUGCCCAAGGAGGAAGGAAUUAUCAGGAUCGAGGAGUUCACCCAAAUUGGAAUACAAAGCCGAUACCAGCACCCAGUGUCUGGUGAACACAGAUACCCCCAGGCUCCCCCAGCAGAAGAAUGACAACCUGGGGUCCAGGCACAAACCAGUGGCCAGGGUCAGCCCACACCACAAGAGGCCCGAGGCUGACGCCAGGCCCAGCAACCCAGAGACAGCGGGCCUGACUGAUGGAACCGAUGACCCAUGUGUCCAGGCCACUCCGGUCAAAGAGAUCAGGACUGGUUUUCAGCCAGGCGGAACUGCGGAGAAGGAAUCCCUGGGGAAGCUGACCGUCCAGGAGGGGCAUGUCCCUGCCACCUGGGGGCCAGCCAGUGCCCCGCCGCACCCAGAUGCCGGCCACUGCACAGAGAACCUGCUCGGAGCUACACCAGAGCCAGGGCAACAACCUGGGACAGGACUGGACGGCCCCCCGGGGCAGAAGGGGGCAGCUCACCCUGACCCCGGCGAGCCCUCGGCGGACACAGGGCACGCCAGGCGGCCUGAGGACCCCGGAAAGCCAGUGGGCCUGGGGGGUUCUGAGUCCGAGGACAGAGGUCAAGUCAGACUCGCCCAGGAGCACGGUUCGUCCCCCGGGAAGACGGCAGCCCCAGAAGCCAGCUCGCCCCGGAGGGCUGCUGCCCACAGGGGAGGACGCGAGGCAGAGGGAGCGUCUCCAGGCAGCACCGUCCUGGCUCGAGGCCUCCUCGUGUCCCAGGAGGACACACAGAGGGUCCCCGGGGACCACAGCAAGGCUCCGCACACGACGGGAGUCCUCGUCCCUGAAGCCCCCCGGGGCUCGGCUCGGCUCCAGGACGCGGACUCCGUGUCCCAGAGGGCCCCGCAGGCCUGCCCCGCUCCGCCGUCACCUGCUGACAAGGCCGAAGGGGCGUGUGGCGGCGUCUCGGGGCACUGCUGCCCCGGGGAGGGGGGGGGCAGCCCCGUGACGGACAUCGACAAACUCCUCAAGGAGCUGGGUGCUUCCGACCCGAGACUUCAGUCUCCUCAGAAAGGGGACCGGGGGAGUCAAGAGGGACGUUCUCAGGGCCAACCUCCAGCCGGCGCUGGAAGCGGAAGUUGCCGCCACGCGGAGCCAGUCGUGGGCAACCAGACGCCCACCCCGAGGAGGGCCUGGGCAGCUGCUGGCCAGCCCCCUCACCCACCGUGGGCCUCCCAGCCUUCAGUUUUAGAUUCCAUUAAUCCUGACAAGCAUUUUACUGUGAACAAAAACUUUUUGAGCAACUACUCUAGAAAUUUCAGCAAUUUUCACGAAGACAGCCUGUCCCUGUCGGGCCUGGGUGACAGCACAGAGCCGUCUCUCUCAUCCAUGUAUGGCGAUGCGGAGGACUCAUCCUCUGACCCCGAAUCCCUCACUGAAGCCCCACGAGCUGCCACCAGGGACAACUGGUCACCUCCUCGUUCUCGCAGGGCUUCUCACAAGGAAGAUACUGCAGAGUCUGAGGAGGAGCAAAUUGAGAUUUGCUCUACAAAUGGUUCCCCCAAUCCACCCUCAGCUACUGCCCAUGCCCCUGCCCAGGCUGCACCCUGCCCUGUGCUGGCCAAAGUUCUGCCAUUAAAGCACAGUGCUCUGAGUCAAGUGGUAGGAAAUCCAUGUGAGAGGGCGUCCUUUGUGCCAGGAACCUCACGCCUUUCAAUUCCAAACGCUUCCCAGCCAUUCUCUCUCUUGGACGUCAGCUCUCAGGAGCAUGACCGCCAUGCAGACAGAAGGAUAUCCCAGAACCCCGGGCCCUCAUGUGAAGAAAUCGUGGAAGCCACCGGCGCUAGCUCAGCUGUGGAAAGCAGCCAGCCUCCUAACGCCGCCAGGCAUGUUCACAACCUUACCGUCACUCUCAGCAAUCUGAACAUGGUAAAUGGUCUAGGACACGAAUUGCUGGGUAACGAAAUCCCGCAUAAAAAACAAGAGACAACUGUCAGUGCAACUGAAAACCGGUCCCCCUUCAGUGGGGAUGUCCCCAAGAAUGGGGAGUCUCUUUUGGCCAAUCUGCACAUCUCCGAAAGUGAAGACCUGGAUGAUUUGCUACAGAAACCAAAAAUGACCUCCAGGAGGCCCAUCAUGGCCUGGUUUAAAGAAAUAAAUAAAAAUAACCAUGGUACGCAUUCCCAGGGCAAAACUGAAAAGGAGCAACCCGUGGUGCCCGCCAGAAGCCCCGACUCCAAAGGUCAGGUGUCGGGCUCCAGCCACAGAAAGGGGGUUGCUGGGCCUCAGAGCCCUCUUCAGCCAAAAGUGAGCCUGGAAAAUAAAGACCCACCUAAAAAAGGUGCAGUGGAAACACUUGUAAGUAACGGCCAGAAACCCAAAUCCGGUCCUAAGCUGAAGAGACUGAGCAUCAAAAGCAAAAGCAAAGCCAGUACGGAGGCCCCUGUGGCCAAUAUGGCCAAGGCUGGGGGGGCGGACCCCAGGAAACCCCUCAUUUCACCCCAGGCCUCCCACAGAAUGCUCUCUAAGGCAGUGGCCCACCGGGUCCACACGCCUGAGCACCAGGAGCCCGACCAGGACGGCCCGGCCUCCCCGCGGCCUCCUCCGAGCGGGCUGGAGAGCGGGCCGCCCGCCGCCCCGGGCUCGCCCAAGGCCCCUGCGGCCGAAAUGGGCACCUGGGCCUUCGUGGCCCCCCACGCCGCCGCCAAGGCCCUCCCUGAGCAAGGCGUGUGCGGCAGAUGGCAUGCGGCCGCCCGCCCGGAGCCCGACCCAGCGUGCCCCGCCUGCGGCCCCGAGAGCAGGCCGCCCCCUGCAGCCCCGGGGGGCCGCGUGGCCUGCGGCCUGAUGGAUCCAGCGCCAGCCGCGGCCCAGCCCGGGCCGCCGAGCGACAAAGGCAGCAGAGUCCUCGCCGCCGGUCCCCGCGAGCCCCUCGAAAGAACCAACCAGCUGAAAAUAGUUGACAUUUCCUCUGAAAGGAUGCCCAAGGUGGCCUGUGGCGACAAGGCCGCGGGGAGGGACCGGCUGGGAGGGCUCUUGGCCCAGGGCGAAGCCAGGCCCAGUCAGCCGUCAGGGGAGCCGACGCCCAGGCGUCCCUCGUCACUCCCGCCCCGCGCCUCCCAGCUGGAGCAGGACACCCCGCGGUCCUGCAGCGCCCCGAAGCCCUGCGACUCCCCCCGGGCCAGGUGGGGCCAGGCGCCCGGCUCCCCGGGGCCGCCCAGGGGGGGCGCAGCCGCGGGCCCGGCCAGGCCGGCAACCAGGACCUACUCCAUGCCAGCCCAGUUUGCCAGCCACUUCGGACGGGAGGCGCAGGCCAGCAGCGGGGGCCCCCCGGAGGCCCGGGCGUCCCGAGGCGGGGUGCUCGGCCUGGCCGACGGGCAGGGCGUCUACAGCGUGAAGCCCCUUCUGGAGACCUCGAGGACCCUCCCGGCCACGGACGGCGCAGCCGCCCUCUCGGUGCAGGAAAGCAGCUGCCAGGUCACAGACAAAAUCAGAGUCACCAGGAGACAUUACCACUCGGAGCAGAACUACGAAUCUACCUCAUUUUUCUCUGUGAAGCAGAGGAUCAAGUCUUUCGAGAACCUGGCCAACUCCGACCGGCUGGUGGCCAAGUCCGGCGCGGCCCCGUUUCUGUCGGCAGGCGGCAAGCCCCCCGUCGGGAGGCGGUCGUCGGGCAGCAGCGCUUCGGGGAGCCUCGGCCACCCUGGCGACCCGACGGCAAGGUCGCUGCGACGCAGCCUGAGCUCCUGCAGCGAAAGCCCCAGCGAGGCGGGCGCCCUGGGGCCGCAGCUGACCAAGUCCCCGUCCAGCACGGCGCUCACGGUGCCCCGGCCGCACGCAGCAGCCGCUGGGGACCAAGGCCCCGACCCGGACCCGAAGGGAUGGCUCGGGCCCCCCGGCCCCCCCGGCCCCCCCGGCCCGGCUGCCCCCGCAGCCUCACCCGCCAAGAGGGGCAAGUCGGCGGGCCGCCGCGCGCAGCCCUCGCCCCUGUCCCGCUCCAAGCUGCAGGAGCUGAGAGCCCUGAGCAUGCCCGACCUGGACAAGCUGCGCAGCGAGGACUUCCGCGCAGGGCCCGCCGCCGUCCUCUUCAGGACCGAGCUGGAGAUCGUCCCCAGGAGGCCGCCGGCCUCUGCCGCCGGAGGCCUCAACGGGCCCACUGCCCUCUCGUGCCCCGUGCGGCCGGCGCCCGGGGCCGGUCCCGCGGGGAACAGCCCUAAGGCCGCGGAGCCUGGAGCCCCCAGCUCGGUUCACCUCGCGGGUGAAGCCGCCCGGGAUCUGCCUUCUGGAAAAGGCUGGUCAGUUAAUCUGGAUCAACUUCUCGUCUCCACGGGGGACCAGCAAAGACUGCAGUCUGUUUUAUCAUCGGUGGGGUCAAAGGCCACCGUCCUAACUCUCAUUCAGGAAGCGAGAGCACAAUCAGAGAACAAAGAAGAUGUUUGCUUCAUCGUCUUGAAUAAAAAAGAAGGCUCAGGUCUGGGAUUCACUGUGGCAGGAGGGACAGACGUGGAGCCAAAAUCAAUUGUGGUGCACAGGGUGUGUUCUCAGGGGGCUGCUUCUCAGGAAGGGACUGUGAACCGAGGGGAUUUCCUUCUGUCCGUCAAUGGUGCCUCGCUGGCUGGCUUAGCCCACGGGGAUGUCCUAAAGAUCCUGCACCAAGCACAGCUGCACAGAGACGUCCUCGUAGUCAUCAAGAGAGGGAAUGAUCAGCCCGGACCCUCCAGUAGGCAGGAAGCCAACGGGAAGGGCUCGUUCUCCAGAAAGACCAGCCCCUUGGAGCCCGGUAUAGGGAGAAGCGUACCUUCGCACGACGCGCUGUGUGUGGAAGUGCUGAAGACGUCUGCUGGGCUGGGACUGAGUCUGGACGGAGGAAAGUCCUCAGGGGCUGGAGACGGGCCCCUGUUCAUCAAGAGGGUGUACAAAGGUGGAGCAGCUGAGCAAGCUGGAACAAUAGAAGCUGGAGAUGAAAUUCUCGCCAUUAAUGGGAAGCCCCUGGUGGGGCUCAUGCACUUUGAUGCCUGGAAUAUCAUGAAGUCUGUCCCAGAGGGGCCUGUGCAGUUGGUAAUAAGGAAGCCAGGAAUUCUUCCAGAAACAAGCACCAGUAGUGAUACUCACUAGUGCUGCUUCUUACAUUUUUUUUUUUUUUUUUUUAGUUUAACAAGAAUCUCCUUUUUCUCAGUUCCCUUACUUUAGCAAAUCAGAAGAACUUCUUGAAACACUGGGUUCCUAAAACAACAUAGAACAUUGGCACAGGCAAGGAUGAUAAACACCUCCAAGUUUUUACCUGUACGUGGAGCUGACCUGUUGUGUGCGUGGCGGCAACGGAGCUGACCUCUGGGGGCCCUCAACCUGGACCGCGCAGGCCAGGAGGGACCGUUUUGUUCCAGCGCCUGUCCCCUCCUUUUUAUGUUUACUGACGGGGAAACAAACGUGGCAUGCCCUCUUCAUUCGAAACAUUUACCUAAGACCUUCACAUCCUUCCUGCCUCCUCUCCCACCGUUCCCAAUCCUGGCAGUUCGGGAGCUUAACCAGGUCUGAGGGGCAACACAAAUGUCACAAAUAAAGGACUACAGUUUUAUAUGAUUUUGUAAGUAAAUAAGAGAAUGCUUUUAGGCACAUUCAGUGGGAGGAGCUGUAGGUCUGUACGUUACCGUGAAAAGAAAAUGAGACUUAAGAAAAAAUUAGUUAUGACCUAACAGUUAGGCUGAGCUCAGGAAUUAUCCAAAAAUGAAAAAGCAAAAUACAGAAAGUGAUAUUUUUUAGUGAGUGUAAUAAAUGUGCAAUGUAUGGAUGCAGAGUUCAACUCAGCGGAUUAUUGAUCAUCAUGAAGUGCUGAUCGUGAUCUAAAAGUGUAAGUCGUAAGGCUAUUUUACAGAAAUGCAAUUCUGAGAAAGCAUACUAAAUAGCCAUGAACUUUGCUGCUUGGAAUGAGCAGAAAGUUCCAGCUCUGAAAGCACCUUGCAUCUAGUUUGGAACUUGUCUUGAAUAAGUGCUUGAAUUCAAGACCAGUCAACACAAGGGUGGGCAGAAAUACCAUAGUCACUGGGUUUCCAUUUCUAUAUUUUAUGCACUCCAAACACUAAUUUAAGCUAGAUUUUUGGAAAUCUUUUUAGCAUCCUUGGAUUUAUAAGCAUAAGCAUUACAUUUGCAACCCGAAGGGCGGAGCUUAAAAAAUCAUCUUUUAGGGGAUUUUUGGUUGGCUGGUUUUCCCCUUUCCCAACAAGCUUAUGAAAUCUCCCCUCUCCAAGCACUGGCCCGCUCUUCCUGACCUGGGUGUAAUGACGGCUCUGCAGUGACUAAAGUGUUUGCGGGUCUUGUUUUCCUGUUUUACAAAUUCUUCCUUUUGCCAAAAUGGUUUCCCUGCAGAAGACUGUUGUGACUCACUCACUGCCCGUGCAACUCGUCCCGGCUGCUGUCCCGCCAAAGCAGAACUUCGUAGUAGCUGCUCCCAUUCCGUGCACUGUUCCCGGUCACAAAACUGGCUUUUCCCCUCCCUGCUGCACCUCCUUUCCUUCAAUGCCAAACCUCCAUCAGCUUCAUUUACCAAAAUGUAAAAAAGAAGACAAUGGGGAACACGGGUGAGUCACUCUUUCAAGGUAAAGAAGCAGAACUGUGUCGUACACCCCAGAUCCCAGGGGGACGCAGACCAGCAGAUCGUGUCCUGGGAAUACGGGUGAGGACGCCGAACCUGCGUGCAUGAGGACGCCAAGGUUUCAUGCUGGAGACUUCUUUCAAUAACCUACAGCUUGGGUCUAUGGCUUAGAGAACUGAGGUCACUAUAUACACAAUACCCCCCCCCCCAAUCGUGGAGCUGCUUGAGCUGUCACCUGUGUACAUUGUUUUUCCGAGUGACUAAUCCCUUACAGUAAACCUCCAUAGGGGCCCAGAGGGGUCUCUCAGAUUAGAAUGAAGUAUCUGGCUGGUGUGAGCCCAGAUUUUUUUUUUUUUAAACAGGUUAUACAAAAGAGAAUGUAGUAUAAGAAUUAGCUAGAAAGACCUGAUUACUUUAGCUUCUACUUUUCACUACACUUCCAGGUAGGAUACCAUAGGCAGUCAAUGCAAGGUGCAUGCUAGAUUGUUUUUAAGUCCCUGGGGUCAGUUUUGUGGUUUCUGCUUUCUUAAUGGUAAGAGAAUAUUUGCCUCCACUCUUCCAGCUGUGCCUACUAGUAAGAAAUUCACAGUCCUCCGUGAACAGACAGGAAUUUCUAGAGCAAUUUGGAGCAAGGGAACGGUCUCCUUCUGAGAGUUCCUAAUCAUCAUAUCUGAAGAGUGCAAGGGUAGACCUUUUGCUCACUAACAUAAGUCAUCAUUUCUAGUAGAUUUUGCCAGAAGAAGGUUUCCCUGGCCAACAGUUGGAAUUUAAGGGAGAAAGCAAAAGGCUAAACUAUCUCUGACCCUAAGAUAGAAAGCUACUUAUUUGUCCUCAGUGUUCAAGGCAUGACUAGUAUUCUAAUUAGUCUAAUAAUUCCCACACUUCCUGAAGUGAGCACUAAUGGUAUAUCAUCCUACUAAAACUUUCAUUGUUUUGGUUUUCUGAUUCAUCAGUCAUCCACAAUAAGCUAUGAGGGUAAAUAUGUGUUAUAACAAGUAAAUCGUAGUUGCAAGGAUAUUCUGUGAAGGUUGAAGUAGUUGGGUUUCAUUUCUGUCCUCCAAGACACAUCUCAUUUAAUUUUACGGUUGACUUAAUUGGCACCACACCUGUUGUAUGAUAUUAUACAUUAUCCUUUAUUUAUGUAAAAUAAAAUGCCUUAUAUAUUAUUGAAGAGUAAGUGCAAUAAUAUGAAAUAGCCUGUACAUUUUUAAAAUGUUGUCGCCAAGUUAUGUAAAUCCACUUCUCUGUAAACAACCUUUUUUAAGUAAUUUUAAAAAAAUAAACACUCUGCUUACUA